AAGAUUGUUACUAUGUUAAAUUAAUAUAAUUGUUUACAAAUAUGAUUAGUGAUAUUAAUUGUAAUAUUAUAAAAUCGAGGUGAAAAAAUGUAGGAAUUCUGCAAAACUUCAGACAUUAAAUAUGUAUGUCAAAUAUCCUACAAUGAUAUAAUAAAUGUAUUGAACAAUACAUUUUGUUAUUAAUAAAAAUGUUUUUGUCAAGAAAAUACAUAAUCGUUGCGAAUUAUGAUAAAUGCCUCUCAUCAUCUAUAAUUAUAUCCAAUUAACUGUAAGCAUUUAUAUAAAAAGUAAAAUCUGUUAUACAUAUGUAUGACAUUUAUCUCGGGAAAAAUUUGAGAUCUAUUGAAAUAUAAAUGUAAAUAAUACUUCUAAAUAUUCGAAAAAGCUUGUAUGUUCUAAGGUCUGGAAGUAGGAAAUUGACUAGAAGUGGGAGUUUAGAAUUCGUGCAAAGCAAAGACAUAUUUUUGUCUGCAAAUAUUAUGGACUACGAGUUUUGCCCUUAACGACAUCGGUAUUAUUUCGAUAUGAAACGUUGAUAAAGGAACACAAAAUUUAUCGCGUGGAGACGUUCGUAGUUUUAUAGGCAGGUAAAGUUAUAAAAGUUUUAAGUGAGCUAAUAAUCUAAGUAAAUACAUUGAUAUGCUUGAUUUUUUGAACAUUAUGCAUAUAAAUGCAAAAUAAUAUAUUUCUGAUACUAUUAUCAUCUAUAUACAAAACUAAUUACCACAUUAUUCAUUAUACUAAUCUUUUAGUACAGCUCUUUUAGUACAUAUAGUACUAAAAUUGUAUAGUGCUAAAUGUUCAAUUUAUUGUUAAUGAUUAUAAAAUUGUUACUAUGUUAAAUUAAUAUAAUUGUUUAUAAAUAUGAUUAGUGAUUAUAAUAUUGGUAAUUAUAAUACUGAUAAUUGAAGCGAAAGAUGUACGAAUUGUGCGAAACUUCAGACACUAAAUGCGUAUGUCAAAUGUCCUACAACGAAUAAUAAAUAUAUUAAACAAUACAUUUUGUUAUUAAUAAAAAUGUUUUUGUCAAGAAAAUACGUAAUCAUUGCGAAUUACGAUAAAUGCCUCUCACCAUUGCUUCAAUUUUAUUCAAUUAACUCCUUUAAGAAAUUGCGCAGGCACGCCCAUACUGACAUACCAAGGCCGAAUUUUGAUGAAUAUCGACGAAAAGACACGGAAACGAAAAUUACCGACGAACGAAGAGCGCUGAGAAGCAUUGUCUCUUUUACUAGUUGGGUUGCUGGAUUGUACGCUUUUAAAGCUCACUUAUUGCAUAAUAUAGAGUUCUUGAGUGCCUCGCGAGAUGUCAUAGCGGAAGCUCAAACAGAAGUGAAAUUAAAUGGUAUACCGGAAGGAAAAGUGUCAGUAGUUAAGUGGCGCGGCAAACCUGUUUUUGUCUUCCAUCGGACACAAUCGCUCAUCGAGCAGGAAAGAGCAGUGAGCCUGUCAAUACUGCGCGAUCCGGAAACGGACGAUGACAGGGUGAAAAGACCGGAGUGGCUGAUUGUGGUGGCUAUCUGCACGCACUUGGGAUGCGUGCCAGUUCCGAACGCCGGCAUGAUACCGGGCGGCUUCUACUGCCCGUGUCACGGCUCGCACUUUGACGCGGCCGGCCGCAUACGGAAGGGCCCGGCGAUGACGAAUAUGGAAAUACCCGAGUAUAAGUUCAUAAACGACCACAGUAUCAUUAUCGGAUGAUGCGUCUUCGGAUUGAUACGUAUUGAUAAAGCAUAUUAAAUAAUGAGAGAGUGCCGUGAAGAAUUUAGAAUAUAAUAUAUUAAUUAUUUAUAUAUCGCAUCACAAUUGUUUAGCUGUAUAAUUUCCGCUCGAAUUUCGUGAUGAUAAUACAAGAAUGAAUGGAAUUUUUUGUACGUCCAACAAAAUGUUAAUAUAAGAUUAUAGCUUUUAAAAUAAUA